AUGGCUCCGGUCCUGUCAAAGCUACCAGCGAGCCGCCGUGAGAUUAUUGUUACCAUCGAUUAUGGGGCAUCACGGCUUAUCUUUGGACGUGGCGAUCCCCACGGCCCUGCAGGUCGACGCAGACGGAAGCACCAGAAUUCCCAAGACCGCCCAGGAUCUGGAUUUCCCGCGCCAUUUGCAUGGAUUAAACUCUUCCUCCUGCACGAAGGCGACUGGCCGCCUCACGCCCUCGGCUCCCCCAUCCUUCGAAAAGCCGCUGGUGCGGCCCGGUCCCUUAGCAUGGGGCCUGUUCGGCUCACCACCGCCUACCUGGAGCAUCUCUGGGACAAGGUCAGGGGAUUCAUUGCCAGAAAGCUGUGUCUCAGCCCUGAAGAAUUCCGAGGGCUUUGCAUGCGCGUCAUCUUCACCGUGCCGGCCGUCUGGCCUGAAGAUGCCUUGCGGCGCAUGGAAGCUGCCAUCCGCGCUUCGGGCAUUCUUGACUCGACGCGAGAGUCGUCUUUCACCUUCAUGCGCGAGCCUGCUGCUGCUGCCGACACCGUGACGUACGAAGUCGCAACCGCCGCAGACGGCAACUACAUUGUGCAUGAGCGUGGUCCCGGAGCGAGCCGACUCUGCGGCGGCGUGUUUCUGCACGACGGUUUCUCCAAGCUUUUUGAGGAGAAGAUCUGUAAUAUCGCUGCCGGAGACACGGAGAUUUUGCAGAAGCUCCGCCCGCACUUCCGGGACAUGGCAUUCACGUGGUGGGGACGCUUGGUCGAGUUCCUGUGGACAGAACCAAGCGAAUCGGACUCGUUCAUUUUGCCUUUUGAGGUGGAGGUGGAAUAUCCCGGGGCCCAGGAGAGCUACCCCGGCGCGCCCGGACAUAUCAUAACCUUUUCAGGGGCGGAAAUUGCAUCUAUCCUCUCCCCUGUCAUUGGCGAAAUUGUCAACCUUGUCCGUGGCCAGAUCCGUGCCACGCGAGAGGUCAUGGCCAGGACUCCAACGUACGUCUUUCUCACCGGCGGCCUGGGGAGCAACCUUCUGCUCCAGGAAUCUCUGAGACUCAAUGUCGAGAGCCCGACGAAGAUGAUUACGUAUAGUGAUACGAGAGGGUUGACCUUUGUUUGCCGUGGAGCCACGGUUUGCGCCUUGCGAGGGUACAGCCCAGGGGGUCGACCCGUGACCGCCAUCCAAUCGCACCUUGCCCUUGCAAACUACGGCAUCCUGCUCGGCGACGCGCCGACCGCGCGGAUCGACUGGGUCAUCCGAAAGGGAUCUCCCCUCUCCUCCACAAAUCCUGUUAGCCACGCCGUUCCGGCGGGCGCCUGGAUGGCCAGUCCCGCCAUCGGCGGCGGCAUCCUCAACGCCUUGACCAUCUGCUGCAUGACGCAGCCGGCCCCGCCGGGCGUGGACGCGAGCAUAGAGGGUCUGAAGACGCUGUGCCGCGUUGCCUGGAAGCGGAACACGGCCGUCGCCGGGUCCGGGGACACCGUCGCCCUCGAGGUCACUCACGACAGUCUGCGCGGCAUCGCCCUGGCUGUCUGCUGCAACGGGCGCCGCCUGGGUUCCGAGAGCGUCUUCGUCGAGUACUUCUUUGCUACAGAGGUCUGA